AUGAUGAAACUCGGCUAUGAGCCUAGCAUUGUCACGCUUUCUUCUCUUGUCAAUGGUUUCUGUCAUGGUAAACGGAUUUCAGAUGUGGUAGCUUUGGUUGAUCAGAUGGUGGAAAUGGGAUAUGAACCCAAUACGGUGACAUUUACAACUCUGAUUCAUGGCCUUUUUCUCCACAACAAAGCUUCUGAAGCUGUGGCUUUAGUUGAUCGGAUGGCUGAGAAAGGUUGUCAACCAAAUCUGGUUACUUAUGGUGUGGUGGUAAACGGAUUAUGUAAGAGAGGUGACAUUGAUUUGGCUUUACAUCUUCUCAAGAAGAUGGAGGGAGGAAAAGUAGAUCCUGGUGUUGUAAUCUACACCACAAUCAUUGAUAGUCUUUGCAGAUAUAGACACGUGAAUGAUGCGCUCAACCUUUUCAACGAAAUGGAGAAGAAAGGAAUUAGACCGGAUGUUGUGACCUACAGCUCCCUCGUAAGUUGCCUUUGUCAUUACGGAAGAUGGAAUGAUGCGUCUCAACUACUUAGAGAUAUGAUUGAGAGGAAAGUCAACCCUGAUGUAGUCACUUUCAGCGCAUUGAUCGAUGCGUUUGUGAAGGAGGGGAAGCUUACAGAGGCUGAGAAAUUGUACGAGGAGAUGAUCAAAAGGUCUAUAGAUCCUAAUAUUGUCACGUUCAAUUCAUUGAUCAACGGGUUUUGCAUGCACGAUCGCCUAAACGAGGCUAAGCAGAUGUUCUCUUUGAUGGUUAGCAAGGAUUGCCUCCCAAACAUAGUGACAUAUAAUACUCUUAUAAAGGGAUUUUGCAAGUGUAAAAGGGUAGAUGAUGCUAUGGAAGUCUUCCGUGAGAUUUCUCAGAGAGUAUGA